AUGGCCUCUUUCUUUGGGGACAGCUUCGUGGAGAUGCCGCUGGCAGACGCCUCGCGCACGGUGCGACUCCGCCUGCAGCUGUACACCAGCCAGGGGAGCGGGCUGCUCUUCCUGGCCGCCGGCCAGCCCGACCACCUCCUGCUCCAGCUGCGAGCCGGCACCCUGCAGGCCAAGCUGCAGCUGGGCUCAGAGGAGGUGACACUGCAGUCCCCAGCAGAGCUGCAGCUCAAUAACCUGGUGGUGCAUGAUGUGGAGCUGCUGGUGGAAGAUGGCAGGAUGACGCUGACCAUCGAUGGCCUCUUCAACAGCUCCGUGGACAUUGCAGGACCCGUACGGGAGCUGGACAUCCAGUACGGCCUCUAUGCUGGCGGAACAGGCAGCCUUGACCUGCCGUACCUCGCUGAGGCCAGCUCGCCCUUCAGAGGCUGCCUCCACUUAGUGACAUUCAACGGCCUGGAUGUCCUCUCCACACUGUCCUCUGAUGGCAGCUCCAAGAUCUUCCAUCGGGUCCAGGAAGGGUGCAGCACACAGUUCUCCGCAGAGCCAGAGGAACCCUUCGGGUUCCUGGGGCCGCACUCCUACAUUGCGUUUCCCACGUGGGAUGCAAGGGAGGAAGCCACCAUUGAAUUUGUGAUAACGACGAGCAUCACCCAGGCACCCCUCAUUUACCACGCAGGGCUGGAGAAUGAUUUCUUCUACCUGGAGAUCUCCAACGGGCGCCUGAGAGGGUUUGUUGAGAAGGGGAAUGGCAUCAUUGUCCUGCACAACAAUGUCUUCAUCAGCGAUGAGCAGCAGCACUAUGUCAAAGUCUACACAAACAUCCACAAGUUUGAGAUCCUGAUUGAUUACUACGCCUCAUCCACAUCCAGCCGGGGCAUCAACAACUACCUGGACCUUCAAGGAAACCUCUUCAUUGGAGGUAUGAACGAUAAAGCUUUGGAAAGGCUGAGGGAGCACCAUCUUGCUUUCAUGUCGGUGUGGACCAUGACCAACAACUCAUUUGUUGGCUGCUUGGAGGACCUGCGGAUAAACCUGCAGAGGAGGAGUCUGCAAGAUGCCAUGAUCACAAAGGACAUCACAUCAGGCUGUGGAAAGCAGGACCACUACUGGGACUAUGACGAGGCGUACGAGCAGGACGAGGCACCCACCUCCCCACCUCCAGAUGUGUGGUCGGGAGCACCAGGCCUGGUGGUGGAACCAUGCCGGCCAGACAACAGCUUCCCGCCCGCCUUUGCCAACAUCAGCAGGCUGCUGCACGUCAGCCCCCUCAUCGUCUCUGAAGGGGGCAUGGCCUACCUGGAGUGGAAACACACCCAGCCAACGGUAGACUUGAGCCUUGCAAACAUCCGGCAGUCCCAAAUCCUCUUUAGCAUCACCAACGACCCUAGGCACGGACAGCUGGAGCUGGACAUUCCUGGGUCCAGGAGCAGAAGGAAGUUCACCUUGUUGGACAUUGUGAAUCGGAAAGUCAGAUAUGUCCAUGAUGGCUCCGAGGGGCCCAUGGACCAGCUGAUGCUGGAGGUGACAGUGACUGCCCAGCAAGGGGUCCCAGAGUGCUUGCGGCAGGGGCAGAUGUACCUGCUGCCCAUCAUGAUCAACCCCAUCAACGAUGCCCCACAGGUGAUCUUUCCCCAUGGGAACCACAUGACAGUACUAAAGCACACACGGAAACACCUGACCACAGACAUCCUGCAGGUCCUAGAUGAUGACACAUCAUGCGAUGACCUCGAAUUCCAGCUGCAUGGUGGCCAGCAGAUGGAGGAGGGUUACGUGGAGUAUGACUUUCACCCUGGAGUGCCCAUUGAAGAGUUCUCCUGCAGGGACCUGGAAGCAGGCAACGUAGUCUACGUGCACCAGAGUGGGACAAACUUACAGCUCACCUUGCAGGUCAGCGAUGGCACAGUCCCAAGCCCCAUCGCCACCCUGAGGAUCCUCGCCAUUGACCCUGACAUCCGCCUGCACAACAACACCGGCCUCUCCAUCUCCCAGGGAGGGGCUGCGCGCAUUACCACAGCCAACCUGUCAGUGGAGACAAAUGCUGUGAAACAACGGGUCACCAUCCUCUAUGUCCUCACAGAGCCCCUAAGGUAUGGAGAGGUCCAGAAGCAAGGGAGCAUGGGAGGGGAAUGGAAAAAAGUCGAGUCUUUCCACCAGCAGGACCUGGAGCAAGGGCGCAUCCAGUAUUUUAGCACAGACCCGGAGCACCGGCUGGAAGAUGCUGUGGAAAAACUGAGAUUCAAAGUCCAGGUGGGGCAGAAGGUCUUGCAAAACAACACCUUUCUCAUAAGGAUUAAGAGAGCCACCAUUAAGAUGAGGACCAUGGUCCCCCUCCAGAUGAAGAACAAGCGGCACAGAAAUAUCACCAGUAAGGAGCUGGAGGCAAUGUUGGAAGAUCCAAACUCUGCCCCAGUCCCCUUCCACUACGUGAUAAUCCAGGCUCCCAAAAAGGGAAACCUGGAGCUGCUCGGCAACAGGCUGACUGAAGGCUUUGGUUUUACCCAAGACAACCUGCAAAGAAACCACCUGAGCUACAGCGCAACCAUCAGGAACUCUCAGCAAGCCGAGGACACCUUCCAGUUUCGUGUCCAUGCUGGCGAGCAGCACUCUCCUGUCUAUACCUACACAAUCAGCAUCGGUGGGGACCCUGAUGCACCAGCCCUGACCAAUGUCCUCCUGACGGUGCCGGAAGGGGGGCAAGCCGUCAUCUCCAAGGACCACUUGUUUGUACAGAGCAUGAACAGCAUGGACUACCUCUACGAAGUGAUUGAGGGGCCAGCACACGGGAAGCUGGCCUGGGCUGCAUCCCAUGGCUGGGCCUCCAGAGAGGAGAUCACAGAGUUCUCCAAUGAUGACAUCCUCCACCGCCGGCUGCUGUACCAGCACGAUGAUUCUGAGACACUGGAGGACGACAUCCCCUUUGUAGCGAUCAGGCAGGGAGAGGGCAGCGCUGAGCCUGAUGCAGAGGAGGUGAGAGGUGUUUUCAGGGUCUCCAUCCAACCCAUCAAUGACCACACCCCAGUCCAGGUGGUGAACAAAGUCUUCAAUGUGGUGCGCAAUGGGCAGCACCUGCUGACAACAGAUAACAUCGCCUUCACUGACAAGGACUCUGGCUUCUCUGACACACAAUUAGUGCUGACGAGGAAGGACAUUUUGUUUGGCAGCAUCGUGUCUGCCGAUGACAGAAGCCACCAGGUCUAUCGGUUCACACAGGAUGACUUGAGGAAGAAGAAGAUCCUCUUUGUCCAUUCGGGGGCUGACCGGGGCUGGAUCCAGCUACAGGUCUCAGAUGGCCUCCACCAAACCACAGCCCUCCUGGAAGUACAGGCAUCAGACCCCUACAUCAAAAUAGUCAACAACACCGGUCUAGUCAUCCACCAAGGCAGCCGAGGGAGCAUUGACUCCGCUGUCCUCAGCCUGGAGACCAACAUGGACAUCAGGUCAGAUGAAGAGAUAAGGUUCCUCAUAACAACCCCCCCAAGGUUGGGGACUGUGCUGAGAGGGGAGCAGCCGGUCAUGGCCUUCUCCCAGAGGGACCUGCUAGCAGGAGAGAUCUCCUACCACCACAACGGGAGCAGGAACACCCGGGAUGAGCUCCAGUUCACUGUAGAAGCAAACGAGGUGGCAGUGGAGGACACGCUGGCCAUCAGCAUAUUCUUGGGCACCCAUCCCAGCCCCCUGCGCAUAGUCAACCACAAGGAGAUCCAUGUCUUCCAGGGGGAAGCGGCUGGGAUCAAGGAGGAGUACUUACUGGUGACCCACGAAGAGAUCCCUCCCCAAGACAUAGUCUACCUGGUGAGCAGCCCCCCGGCCUUUGGCUUCCUGGCAAUGCUUCAGCAUGGCCAAGACUCGAACGAGCAGCCCAGCCUGGACCCCAUCCAGUCCUUCACCCAGGAGGACAUCAACAACGGCAGAGUCCUCUCCCUCCACUCCAAGCCAGAGGAGGAGCGUGACCAGUUUGUUGUGGACAUCACAGCCAGCAGCGCAGACCCGCUGGAGGGGGUGGUGGUGAGCCUGGCCAUGCUGCCCAUCGCCGUCCCCCUGGAUGUCCACAACAUCACGGUGCCAGGAGGUGGCUCUGUCACCCUUUCCACGGGCAUCCUCAGCAUCCCCAAUGCCUACUUCACGGCUCUUGGCAUGGAGUUCAAGGUGCUUGAGCCCCCUCGAUUUGGCACCCUCCUGAACAGCGAGCGGCCUGAGGACGGCGGGCUGCACAGCUUCACCUGGAGCGAGGUGGAGCACCAGCAGAUCCAGUACAGGCAGGACGGGCCCCGGGCCCCGGCCGGCAGCUUCCUGCGGGAAGGUGCCACAGCUGUCAUCGGCCCCCAUAUCCUGAGCGCUGAGGAUGAGGACUCCCCAGCGGAGGAGGUGACCUACUCCAUCCAGCCCCCAGCCAAUGGGAAGGUUGUGCUGCGCUCGGCGCCUGGCACAGAGGUCCAGCAGUUCACCCAGGCCCAGAUAAACAACGGCCUCAUCCUUUUUGUGCACCAAGGGGCCCUGGAUGGGGGCUUUGCCUUCGACCUGUGGGAUGGUGAGAACCUGUCUCCUGGGCACUUCUUCCUCAUCAGGGCCCAGAGAGAGCCCCUCAUCAGCCUGGCCAAGAAGCAGAGCCUUACUGUCUGCCCAGGUGCUCUGCAGCCCAUCACCAGCCAGAACCUGCAGGCGGUGAGCAACAGCCCCACCGGCUCCACUGCUCUGUACUACAGCAUCGAGCAAGCCCCACGCCUGGGCAGGCUCAGCACCUCCCAGGGGGAGGAAAUAAGGAACUUCACCCAAGCCCAGGUGGACAGCGGAUUGAUUUUUUACCAGCAUGAGAUGCCAGAAAAGCCCUUCUGGCUCACCCAAGAUGCAAUCCGCUUCCGUGUAGUCGCUCCCACAACCAUCUCUGAUUCCUUCAUCCUCCUCGUGCUGAUCUCCUUUGAGGCCAGGUGUCCCCAGCGUUCGACUCAGCUAUGGAGAAAUGCAGGCCUCCAGCUCGCAAGAGCUCAACGGGCUGAGAUUGACACCUCAGUGCUGGAUGCUUCCAACCUCCUAAGCCAAAUCCCAGUCCCUGAGAGGGCUGCACAUGAUGUUGUCUUCCUAGUGACUGGGCUGCCAGCUCAUGGGCAGCUCCUGGUGGCUGGCAUGCCCCUGGAGCAGUCACGACCAUUCUUCCUGCAGUCAGACCUGGCCACAAGGAGCCUGGCAUACGCCCAUGGUGGAGACAGCAUCUCCGAUGACCAUUUCAGAUUUAAGGCUUGGCUCCAGCCCCGGGUGCAGCAGUCCAUCCGUCCUCCACAGGAAGGGACAGUAAUCUCCGAAGCUUUCAAUGUAACAGUGACCAGCAGCAGCAAGACACCACAGGUGGUGAAGCGGCAAGAAGUGCUGCGGGUCUCACCAGGAUCCGUGGUGACCUUGUCCCAGGAGUACCUGGACGUGGCAGACCCAUUGGGGUCCCCAGAGGAGAUGGUAUACAGUGUCCUCCAGAGACCUCUUGCUGGCCACCUGGCCAACGUACGCAACCCACAGGAGCCUAUCAGCCGCUUCACCCAAGCAGAUGUCAAUGCAGGCCACGUGGUGUUUGUUGCCACUGGGAGCCACGCCACAGGGUCCUUAGCCCUGAGCCUCUCUGAUGGCCACCACCCACCCACCCCAACCUCACUGGGGAUCGAGGUGCUGCCUGCAGUGAGCACUGCUGCCAGCCCGGUGCUGCUGGAGGUGCCCCAAGACCUGAACAGGGCCUUGGUGUCCCACCAUCACCUCCUGGGAGCCACGCAACUGAAGACAGGCAAUGUCCUGUACAGGAUCACCAAGGACCCAAGGUUUGGCCAAGUACAGGUCAACCAAGAGCCAGUGCAGGGCUUCUCACAGAAGCAGCUGGACUGCGGGGAGGUGAUGUUCACCUUCACUGACCUCACCUCUCACGAGGACAACUUCCAGUUCCUUGCCAUGUCUCGGGCAGCCAACAGGACCGGGGUGGUGAACGUGACAGUCCGUGCCUUGGUGAAGGCUCAGCCGGGCAGCGUGUGGCCCAGGGGCACCACAGCCCUCCUGGACACCAGCAUCCUCGAUGCCAGUGAGCUGGCCAACCACACCAAGAGCAUUCCUGUCUUCAAGAUCCACAGGGAGCCCCGUGGCAGCCGUCUUGUGAAGGUCUCCAAGGACCCAGGACAACCCACCAUCCCAAUCAAGGCCUUCAGCCAGAGCGAGCUGGAGCAAAGGCUGGUUGGGCUGGAGGUGCUGGAAGCUGGGGGGACUGACCAGCCCCUGCAGAGUGACAGCUUCAUCUUUGAGCUGGUGGCUGCUGGCGUGCCACCGGCACUGGCAUCCUUGGGGUACCACAUUGAGCCCUACAAUGCCUCGAAAGCCUACAGUGUCACCCUGCUCAGGGGCCCCCUGGCACCCUUGCCCCCACUGCCCCAGCCCCAGGGCACAGGACAGAGCAGCCCCAAUGCCAGCAAGCUGGGCAUACCCCCCACCACCUGGCUGGGCCCUGGUGCUACCACCAGCCCCAGCCCUGUGGAGGGGGGCACCUUCCUCAGCUUCAUUGAGGCCAACAUGUUCAGCAUCAUCAUCCCCAUCUGCCUCAUCUUCCUCCUGCUGGCCCUCAUCCUGCCCCUGCUCUUUUACCUGCACAAGCGCAACAAGACAGGGAAGCACCACGUCCAGGGCACCCCUUCCUCCAAGGCCAAGAACGGGGCUGUGCCGGAUCAGGAGACCUUCCGGAGGACGGACCCCAACCAAGGCAUCCCCCUAACGACUGUCAACACCCUGGAGGGCAAGGGCACAGGUCCCCCACCCAAGGGCACGGGUCCCGGGGCACCACCAGACCCCGAGCUUCUCCAGUACUGCCGGACUUCCAACCCCCCCUUGAAAAACAACCAGUACUGGGUGUGA